AUGGAGGAAAAAGAAAUUAUGCCAGGGAUUUUUAAAAUCUCAUCAUAUUUUAAGAAACUUUGGAAAAAGAAGACAGCACUUAUACUUAGUUCUUUUUUUGGGGUGCCUUUUGUCCUUCCGUCAGCUUCACGUUCAGCGUUUAUAUUGAUGGAUGAUACAUUACCAUGUUCUACAGAUAAGCAGGAAAAAGCAUCAGAAAAUGCGAGAAGAGACCCGGAAAGGUGUUUUUAUAUGGAAAGAGAUCCAUAUUUUGGAAGAUCUUUGUGGUUUCAUCCGGUAUUUGACUUUAUUUUUCCUGGAUGGGGGUUUUAUACGAUACCAAGUUUUUUUCGUUGGUUUUUUAGAGAACAUGGAGUAUUGGAUAGGAAUGAAAGAGAAACCAGAGACUUUGAAAGGUAUAGGGAUUUUUUAUGGCGCCCAAGACUUUUUCACGAUGAAAUUUGGAAAGAUGCAUUUGAAACCUUUGAAGAAUUACGAACGAAAGAAAUUGAUAAUGAAGAAGUUUUUGAAAAUAAGAAUGAAUAUAAAAAGGGAAAGGAAAGCUCUUGGGAUGAAUCAUCUAAAAAAGUAACAUCUACAUUUUCGAAAAAAAUGUUACGUACGUUUGGUGAUGGAUCAUAUGAGACAAUUGAAAUUAUUAAACGAUGCUUUGAUGAUGGUACAUGUGAAACAACCAAAUAUACAGACUCUUCAAAUGGUAAAUAUGCAAAAAAAGGGGAAAUAUUGGAUAAUAAAGUUCAAUCUCCCACAUCUACGUGCACGGAAGAAAGUGCAUUUCAUCCAGCUAUAGAUAAAUAA